GCAUGCACCUUUUCUGGACUUUGACAAGAACGGGGAGAUCUGUCCCUGGACUUCGUUCCUCUGUCUGCUUCUUUCUCACAUUCUCUCAUUGCUGCAUCCGUCAUGGCGGAGGGAAAUCUGUCCGUGGUGCUGCACGCGCCAGGAGACCUGCGGGUGGAAAAUCGACCCAUCCCGGAGCCGGGGCCUAAUGAGGUUUUGCUGCAGAUGCACUCUGUAGGAAUCUGUGGAUCGGAUGUUCACUACUGGCAGCACGGACGAAUUGGAGACUUUGUGGUCACAAAACCAAUGGUGUUGGGGCACGAGGCCUCGGGGCGGGUGGUGAAGGUCGGAUCAGCUGUCAAGCACCUCGAAGCAGGUGACAGAGUGGCCAUCGAGCCUGGCGCGCCUCGCGAGAUGGAUGAGUUCUUCAAAAUUGGACGAUAUAACUUGUCUCCUACCAUCUUCUUCUGUGCCACUCCCCCCGACGAUGGGAAUCUGUGUCGAUAUUACAAACACAGUGCAGACUUCUGUUACAAGUUGCCUAACAACGUGACAUUCGAGGAGGGAGCCCUGAUCGAACCUCUGUCUGUGGGGAUCCACGCCUGCCGCAGAGCCGGUGUGACCAUCGGCAGCUCCGUGCUCAUCUGUGGUGCAGGGCCUAUUGGGUUGGUCUGCUUGCUUGUGGCCAAGGCGAUGGGGGCCUCGCAUGUCGUCAUCACCGAUAUGUUACCUGAGCGUCUCACAAUGGCCAAAGAGUUGGGUGCAGACUUCCAGCUAAAGGUGAACAGAGGAGUCGAACCUCAGCAGCUGGCCAAGAGCGUCGAGGACCUGCUGGGCGCGCAGCCUCACGUUACCAUCGAAUGCUCCGGUGUGGAGAGCAGCAUUCAAACUGCAAUCUAUGCAACGCGUUCAGGGGGCGCGGUGGCAUUGGUGGGUGUUGGCCCUCAGAUGGUCACUGUUCCUCUGAUCAAUGCUGCCUUAAGAGAAGUGGACAUCAGAGGAGUUUUCCGCUACUGCAACACCUGGCCGAUGGCCAUCGCCAUGUUGGCGUCCGGUAAAGUGAACGUGAAGCCCCUCGUGACCCACCGUUUUCCCCUGGAGCAGGCGGCCCAGGCCUUUGAGACCACGCGGCAGGGCCUCGGGAUCAAGGUCAUGUUGAAAUGUGACCCGAAGGACCAGAAGCCCUGAACGCACCCGUCGUAAUGAAGGAAACGCGACCUGCCUGAGAGCGACUCACCGCGACGAGUAGACGUAAACACUGACCGGACAUUGAGCCUGUGCAAGAUAACCGAGCCGGUUCAAAGAGACAAACUGAUAACAGCGCGGUUCUAUAACUGCAGGUCAAAGGUGAUUAGGUCUUUAGACCCAACUUUUCUUAACCAAAUUUUAAAUUGUAUAAUUUUUUCUAUUUUUAAUUUUAUAUAUGGCUUCUGGAGUAAAAGAAUAUCCUUAAAUAAUAACAUUUUAAUAAAAUCAUGUUGGCUUCUUA